AUGUGCCGGCCGAUCGAGACCGCGCCGCACGGCGGCUUCCCCAUGAUGAACCCGCAGGCCAUGUACCAGGCCACCAUGAACAAGAACAUGACGCGCUACUCCAUGGCACCCAGCCCGGCCAUGAUGGGCUACCAGAAGCCCCAGCAGUAUGAAGUCGUCACGGACAACAUGAUGUACCCUGGCUACGGCUACGAUGCGCAGCCGGUCAUGCCCUUCUACCCUUCGCAGGCUAUGAACUACGCGCCGGUGCAGGCGCCGGCCCGCGCCUCGCUGUCGCCGCGUGACCCGAACGUCGACAUUGGCACUUUUCAGGACCUUCUCGACGUUGCACUCGAAGACGACGUCGAGGAUGCGUCCUUUGACGUCAACGAAGGCUUUGACAACUCGGAGAUGUCGAUCCUGAUGAGCUUUCUGAACGAACACGACGCAGCAGCCGACAACCAGUCGCCCGCUACGAUGGAAGAAGUGGACGGCGGUGUCUUGACGCUCAACCUCCUCGACGAUGCGACGACAUCCUCUCUGAUGUCAAGCUAA